AUGUCUUUACUUCGAUCUCCUGUCGUUCAAAAGCCAUACCAGCUAUUCCACUACUACUUUCUAUCAGAGAAGAGACCAGGUAACACGUUGUCAGAUUUGUCAUUCGAAACAAACCCAAAACUUACCAUCAAUCAAUUUCUCCAUAGAUCAUGGUCUUACAGAGAAAUCUUGCACUAUUCAUUUUUAUCAUCCAUCAUCUUUUUCGUGUUUAUAAUAUUUCCAGCCAACUUUUUCCUAAAAUUGUUGAUAUUGUCGGCAUUUAUAACAUGCUUCAUCAUCCCGUUGACUUCCCAGUUCUUCGUGCAUGCAUUGCCGAUUUUCACCUGGUUGGCGUUAUUCUUUUCAGCGGGUAAGAUCCCCACGUCUUGGAAGCCUGCCAUUCUGGUGAAGGUAUUGCCUGCGAUGGAGACCAUUUUGUAUGGUGAUAACUUGUCAAAUGUCUUGGCCACAAUUACCCUGACGUUAUUAGACAUUUGGGCAUGGUUACCCUACGGAUUGCUCCACUUUAGUGCCCCCUUUGUAGUAGCUGCCUUCAUAUUUGUGUUUGCCCCACCCACCUCAUUGAGGUCGUACGGAUUCGCAUUUGGUUACAUGAACUUGUUGGGAGUUAUGAUUCAAAUUUUGUUCCCUGCUGCUCCUCCUUGGUAUAAGAAUAGCCAUGGAUUAGAACCUGCCAACUAUUCAAUGAGUGGAUCUCCAGGUGGACUUGCCAGAAUUGAUGAAUUGCUCGGGGUCGAUAUGUAUACUUCCACAUUUUCAAACUCCCCUGUUGUAUUUGGAGCUUUCCCCUCUUUGCACUCUGGUUGUUCUGUAAUGGAUGUGUUGUUCUUGUGCUGGUUGUUCCCUAAGUACACUGUUCUUUGGUGGGGCUAUGCUUCGUGGCUCUGGUGGAGUACCAUGUAUUUGACUCACCAUUACUUUAUUGACCUUAUUGGAGGAGCAGCUUUGUCAUUCAUCGUGUUCAACUACACCAAGUAUAUGCAUUUACCUGUUAUCAACCACAAAUUGUUUUGUCGUUGGUCUUACACCCAGAUUGAAAGAAUUGACAUUAUUAACUCUGAUCCAUUAUUGAAUUACAGCGCCAACUACAACCAGGUGGAAGAUAUCGAAAUGGGAACUGUUGAUAAUAACCACAGUCUUCCAGGAGCAAACUUUUCGUAUUUCUACAACAAGUCUGUAGCUAAUGACAUGCCAAGGUUAGGAUCUAGAUCGAGGCAACAGUCCAGAGCUGAUCUUUCCGAACCUUCGCUAGCUGUUGGUACUUCCAGAUUGAGAUCCACAUCCUCAUUGAGCCUUGGUGCACAUAACGAGGAAGAAGAGCCUGCUAGAGACGAUGUAGAGACCUUUUCUCAGUCAUCUAUGGAGCACAGUUCAGUUCCAUCUGUAUUCGAUGGAGAAAACUAUAAUAACGAAAGAAGAAACAUCUCGUCUAACGCUUCGAAUUCUCUGCUAGAUGAAUUGAUCGAAGAACCUACUCCAACUAAUAAUAAACCAGACACCAGGAGUAGAUAG